CACGAACACGCGCCGCAACAAAACAAUAUGGCGCGCAAUUCCAGAUGGCCAAGCAGUCCAUUGCGGGCGCUGACUUUUGCUCUGUGUGCCCAAUUGUCUCUUGUCGAUGCGCAGGUCGCUGAGAUCGAGAAGGCUAGCAACGACAGCUUGCUAUGGGGACCUUACAGACCCAAUCUGUACUUCGGAGUACGACCCAGGAUACCAAAGAGCUUGAUGGGCGGUCUGAUGUGGACGAAAGUGGAGGACCAUACCGUGCAGCAUACUUUGCGACACACUUGCGAGCAGCACGAGCUUGACGGUUAUGGGUGGGACGAAUACGAUGUGCGCACUGGUGGCCGCCAAACCAUCCACGACCCUGCGAACCACAUCGAUGUCACGACAGAGUUCAUCAAGUUCCCUGGCGGCCAGCAUGGCGGCAGCUGGGGAGCUAGAAUCAAAGGCACGCCUCGCGCCGAUGCGCCUCCGGAACUGAAGACAACAGUGGUCUGGUACAACACGCUGGAGGGCCUUGGGUCCCUUGUAGCAGAGGGAGACGUAGAAGAAACAGGUGCUGAGGGCGAUGUGGUACUCAAGGGCAUGACACCCGAGCUCGGCGAGUUUGAGGUGAAGAUUACGUCAGGCAAGGGAGAUCACCCACAGUCGAAUCAUCCUAGCUUCCAGGACAAGCCGCUGGAUCGAACGCUUGUAGCGAGCUCGCAAAUACCACCUGAGGCGCUGUGGCAGUCUAAGCAGGUGCUCUUCGCGCAGCUGAAAGCCGAGAUCGAUACGCUUGUGCCCAAGUACGGAGAGGAGAACCCUCCUCCACCGGCCCAGGUCUAUACCAUUAGGCAUCAGCCUGGACAUGGGAAUAUCCACUUGGUUCAGAAAGUUUUCGAGGGCGCUUUCGAAUUCGAUAUUCUGUUCUCGUCCGCCUCUGCGCCCACAGCUAUCACUUCUGAGGAUCUCACGGUACAAAUCAACUCUGUCACAUCCGGAUUCUCCGCUCGCUUUACCGACAUAUUCAGGCCGCAGACGCCGUUUGUCAAGGAGCGCUACGAGGAGUUCUCCAAGUCUCUAUUCUCCAACUUGAUCGGUGGUAUCGGAUACUUCUACGGCGACUCUCGUGUUGACCGUUCCGACGAUCCCGCCUAUGAGGAGGACAAUGAGGGCUUCUGGGAGGAUGCCGCCGAAGCUCGUGCCCGUAACCAAGCGCAAUUGGAGGGACCUUCCGAGCUGUUCACUAGCAUUCCGUCACGACCGUUCUUUCCGCGCGGCUUUCUUUGGGACGAGGGUUUCCAUCUCCUUCCCGUGAUCGACUGGGAUGUUGACCUAACCCUUGACAUCAUCAAGAGUUGGUUCAAUCUGAUGGACGAAGAGGGUUGGAUUGCGCGCGAGCAAAUCCUAGGUGCUGAGGCUCGCAGCAAGGUUCCAGAGGAGUUCCAAGUCCAAUACCCACACUAUGCGAACCCACCCACGCUGUUCAUGGUCAUAACCUCAUUCCUCGACAAAUUGGAUGCCGUCAAAGCCGACACUAGCAACGAGAAGGUCCGCGCUGAGAAGUCAUACUUUAUGCAGCUUGCAAAUCGCGAAGCUGCGCUCGAAUAUCUGCGUAAGCUUUACCCGCUUUUGAAGCGCCAGUACUUUUGGUUCCGCAAGACACAAGCUGGUGAUAUCAAGAGCUACGACCGCGAAGCUUUCUCCACGAAAGAGGGUUACCGAUGGCGCGGUCGCACUCCUCGACACGUUUUGACCUCUGGCCUUGACGACUACCCGCGCGCACAACCGCCGCAUCCUGGAGAGCUUCAUCUUGACCUUCUUAGCUGGGUUGGCAUGAUGACAAAGUCUAUCCGCCGUAUCGCUGUGUACCUCGACGAGACCGAUGACGCCGCCCAAUUCCUGAAGUUUGAAGAAGCCAUUGUCAAGAACCUGGAUGACCUACACUGGUCCGCAAAGGAAAAGGCAUACUGCGAUGCUACCAUCGAUGAAUAUGAAGAGAACAAACUUGUCUGCCACAAGGGAUACAUCUCACUGUUCCCCUUCUUAACUGGGCUCGUGGACAAGGAUAGCCCCAAGCUAGGCCCCAUCCUCGAUUUGAUUGGUGACGAGGACCAGCUCUGGAGCGAACAUGGACUGCGAAGCUUAAGCAAGAGCAGCGAGUUCUAUCACACCGAGGAGGAUUACUGGCGUGGCCCUAUCUGGAUGAACAUGAAUUAUCUCGCUGUCCAGCAACUACUGAACGUCGCACAGCAAAAGGGCCCUCAACAGGCCAAGGCGAAGCAAUUGUACACCGAUCUCCGCAAGAACCUAGUCAGGACUGUGUACGAGAGCUGGAAGGAGACCGGUUUCGCAUGGGAGCAAUACAACCCUGAGACCGGCAAGGGACAGCGCACGCAGCACUUUACGGGAUGGACGAGCCUGGUGGUGAAGAUCAUGAGCAUGCCAGACCUUGAAGGUGGCAGGACCAGAGACGAAUUGUAAGAGUUACUCGACUCGUUACAAGCAUAGCACAUCGAAAGGGAGAUGUACGCUGGAGCGCCGCGGAUGAAGCAUGAAAAUACAAAGUGGUAGGAUUGAAGGCGAUGAUUAUGUAGAUAAAGCCGAUGACCCAACGAGAAGAUGUUC